AACCGCCUGGCAAACACCUCUCCAAUUAGACUCCAAAAACUUCAAUUUCCACAAUCAUCAUGUCAGGUAAGUUCAUCCUCAUCCACCCAUGUAUCAUAACACCAGGACCUUGAUCCAAAACAACACAGGAGCUCUCAGCGGCGUUACAGACACCGUAGGCAAGACCGGCAAAGGACUUACCGAUACCGUCGGCAACACCGUCCAAGGUGCUGGCAAAGGCGCCAGUGAUACUGUCAACUCUGCCACCAAGGGUGUCAGUGACAGUACGAAAGGUCUGGGGGAUACUGCUAAGGGCGCUACUGGUGGUGCAACUGGUGGUUCAGGUGGUGCGGCGGCGGGUGGUGAUCCUAAUCAUCUUGGUCUGUGAGAUGGGUUUAUGUGUGUGUGAUGAUGUAACAUUUUUCUCGCCAUCUAGUGAUUGGCCGGUGAGAGCGCAACUCUUAGGGACUCUCUGGGGACAUUUGUCUGCGUUAAGAUCAUAAGAAAUUCUUCAUUGCUUCCUUCCUUCCUUCUCAGACGAGCAUCCGUUGAUUGUCUGUCAAAAUGCAGGUUGGAUUUUGGAGUUACGGAAACGUCCAAAGAGAGUACGCAGCAGACUCACUCUCUGUGGACGUUGCCGCGGUUCUUACUACAAUUGUGCAUUCUUCCAUGACAUGUCGGUGGUCAACAGGAAU